AUGACAAAAGUCUUGGGUCCUUUUACUCUUUUUGCGUAUUUGUAUAGGAGUAGACGUAUCUGUCUUUUUAUUGGUUUUCUAUUACCUGUACUCUUCUGAAAUCGUCUUUAAUCUCAAAUAUUUUUCUGAACAUAUUUUACUAUGGUGAUUUUAGGUCAAGUGCUUCUAUUGUAAAUAAUGUUUUAAGCGCAUCAAUUUUGUGGAGGCGUGGCAGGAAAUGUAGAGAUUACUAAAUGACUUUUAAAUUUUACUUAUCAAAAUAUAAAUAUAUUUUAUAGAGAAAAAUAGUAGUCAUAUCACUUGAGUUGAUGUAGACUCAGCUGAUAUUUAAUAAUUAAUAAGUUUUUUUUGCCAUUGAGUAUUAGAUUACUGCUGACUUUUAAGUAUCACAGUACCUUGUGAUUCUUUAUGGGGUCUGAGUUGUAUGCCAGAUUUUCUUUUUCUGUUCUACUCAUAGGAAGUAAUCCUUAUAAGUGGUUAAGGGGAAUACCUCUAGGAGUUUAUAAAUGCCAUUAACAUAUUAUAAGGAGUGGUCAGUUCUAUUGUUUUCUUUUGUGGAUCUUGAUCGGAGCUUGCUGAGUAAGUCUAUAAGCCUGCAUGUGCCUGGCAACUGUUACCUAGUGACAGUUUUCAGCUGCAGUAGCCAUUGGCUGUGCUGUUGAUUGGGGCAGGAGGACCGAGUCACCUUUUUGAUGGUGAGUUCUUCUGCAUCAGCUCUGGAUGAGGAGGAGGAGGAGAAAGAGAAGGAGGAGCAGGGCUCCGGCUCAGGUGGAGUCAGUAAUACUGAGAAAUUGUGAAGAAGCUACUGACAGCGUCUGAUAACUGCAUCACAGUAAAUCGGACUUCUGAAUCAAACAGCCUAGCCUAGCAGCUGAUAUAAGAGUGAAUGUAGGUGAGAAACAUUACCUUAUUACUGUAACAAGAGAACUAUUUUGUGAUAAGUGAAACUAGGAAUAUACAAGGAGGAAUAUCUUGUAGCUGUUAUAAAAGAAGACGGACUCCCCUGAAUGAUGUUGUGAUGCAUGAGAAAAUAACUUUCAGAAAAAUGCUUUCUAUUAAGCUACUGCAUUGUUUCUGAAGGAAAUUUUUAUUUCUAGUGCAUGCUAUUUCUUCAAAAGCUGUAACAACAAAGACUUACAGGAGACUCUGGAAAUACCUGUACUUUACAAAAGACUUUCACAAUUGUUAACCUGAAACCAGAAUGACCUUGGAAGCCUUUUGGAUGGACUUUAUCCUGCCAGCAUUUCAGUAUUUCAAACUCAAGGAUUUAAACUCAUCCUGAUGUUUUGAGGUAUUUUAAAACAAGACCAUCUCACAACCUACCUAAUGGCCCCUGUUUUAAUUGAGUACCUGCUCAAAAUAGAAUACAGAAGUAGAAGAGACAUUUUCUUAACAUAUGGCUGCUACAUAACUGCAAAUAUAAUAAACAAGCUUACCCUCCUCCUUUAUCCCUCAAAGCUGAGAUGUGUCACUGGUGAGCUAAGGCUGAUGAAGAGACCUGAGCAUACUCUGGGACACUCAGCUAUAACAGAAGCCCUGACACUGUCUACCGAAGCAGGUUCUAAGACACUCAUGUGCAGAGUUUAGCAGAUGCCGAAAAGGGCACCUGCUUGCUGGAGCCAAGACUACACGUUCCUUUAAUUCCAAGCCAUGAAUGAAUCCAGGUGGACUGAAUGGCGGAUCCUGAACACCAGCAGCAGCGUUGUGAAUAUAUCUGAGCGUCAUGCUUGCCCACUUGGAUUUGGUCACUACGGUGCUGAGGAUGUCUGCAUCUUUGAGACAGUUGUUAUUGUCUUGCUGACAUUUCUAAUCAUUGCUGGGAAUUUAACAGUUAUCUUUGUCUUUCAUUGUGCUCCACUGUUGCAUCAUUAUACUACCAGCUAUUUCAUACAGACAAUGGCAUAUGCUGAUCUCUUCGUUGGAGUUAGCUGCUUGGUUCCUACUCUUUCUCUUCUUCAUUACUCUACAGGUGUCCAUGAGUCAUUGACUUGCCAGGUUUUUGGAUACAUUAUUUCAGUUCUAAAGAGUGUUUCUAUGGCAUGCCUUGCUUGUAUCAGUGUGGAUCGCUAUCUUGCAAUAACCAAACCUCUUUCCUACAAUCAACUGGUCACCCCUUGUCGCCUGAGAAUUUGCAUUGUUUUGAUCUGGAUCUACUCCUGCCUAAUUUUCUUGCCUUCUUUUUUUGGCUGGGGGAAACCUGGUUACCACGGUGACAUUUUUGAAUGGUGUGCCACCUCUUGGCUCACUAGUGCCUAUUUUACAGGUUUUAUUGUUUGUUUACUUUAUGCUCCUGCUGCCUUUGUUGUCUGCUUCACAUAUUUCCACAUUUUCAAAAUUUGCCGUCAACACACCAAAGAGAUAAAUGAUCGAAGGGCCAGAUUUCCUAGCCAUGAGGUAGAAGCUUCCAGAGAGACUGGACAUAGCCCUGACCGUCGUUAUGCUAUGGUUUUAUUUAGGAUAACUAGUGUAUUUUAUGUACUUUGGCUCCCAUAUAUUAUUUAUUUUCUUCUAGAAAGCUCUCGGGUCUUGGACAAUCCAACACUAUCUUUCUUAACUACUUGGCUUGCAAUAAGUAACAGUUUUUGUAACUGUGUAAUAUACAGCCUCUCCAACAGUGUUUUCCGAUUAGGCCUCCGAAGACUUUCUGAGACAAUGUGCACAUCUUGUAUAUGUGUCAAGGAUCCAGAAGCGCGAGAUCCCAAACCUAGGAAACGGGCGAAUUCCUGCUCCAUCUGAAGAGAACUACAUAGUAAAGCAAAUGUAAUCUGACAGUGGUUUGGAAUUGUAUUCUUGAUUAAUCUGGAAAUUUGCCACCAGGGAACUGUUUAUGUGAAUAGUUGAUUGUGAAAUGAAGAAUGAGCUUAAAGAUCUUUGGGGUUUUUCUUUUCUCGUUUUCAUGGAAAACUUAAGAGAAAGCAUAUAAAAAGGAUAAUUUUAUGAGAGAAACAUAGCAUGUGAAUAUACAUGAGCAGCAAUAGAAAAAUUCAGCACUGAGGGUAAAAAAAAGUAUUUCAGAUCUUCUACAGAACAUGAGAGGCCCCUCUGUGUGUCUUCUUUUUCUGACUAUACUCUGCUUCUUUUUGUCUCUCUGUCUCUGACUAUACUCUGCCCCUCUGUGUGUCUCUCUUUCUGACUGUACUCUGCCUCUGUCUUUGUCUUUCACUCUGUGUUUGUUGCAGAGAUUAUAUGUAGAAAUUACAGAAAUGUCUACAUGCAUACAACAUAUGUGGCCAUGUAUAACAUUUUGUUUCAUAGAGUACUUUUAGACACACUAAUCUACAGUUCUUAGUGGUUUCCUCAUGGAGGCUAUACAGUAAGCAUUGUAUUAUUUGUCACACAAUCCUUAUUAUGGCUUUAUAAUCUCUGCAUCACAAAUUUCUGUUACAAACAAAACAAUAGUAUUUUUGUUUCUUCUGAGUAAAAUGACAUUUACUUUACUCUUCUAACUACCUACUAUUUUUUCUUUAUAUUUUUCCUUAUCUGAACCCUGUAGUAUCUUCUUCCAGAAGUAUUUUAAGAGUUGAUGACAGAAUCUACAGUAUAAGGCAUUUAUAGUGUUAAAUAAUUUAUUUCUUCCAAUAAAGCAGUCUAGUGGCUAUGUGG